AGGAGUAAGGCUCCCGCACGUCUCUCGGUGCCUCCCAUUCGACAGCGCGUUGUGCUCCAGUUGGCUCGGCUGUUCGGUGUGUGGUGACCGGUGGGUGGUGCAAACACGUCUGCGGUUAUUCCGUCGGCUGAGUUACUUUGAGAAAGUUCUCUGGACCGUGCUUUUGCCUCCGAGAGCGUGUGGAUUUACAAAAAGCCUGAUUGGGCCGUUCUGCUUAAGGAUCUACCGAAGACGUAUCAAGGCUGGAUUUUCGUAGCUACACCUCACCCUCGGAACCAUAUCCACGGUCACUUUCACGCUGCCUCUCGAUCGGCACCUGUCGCCUGCGCCCUGAGCUCCUUGACACCGGCUAGAACCGACACCUCCCCCAGAACCUCCUCCACCGAGCGACAUGGAAAGCGCCGGCAUACUGCUGCUCCUGCUGCCCCUCACCGUCGCGACCUCAGUGCCCCUAGUGACCUGCGACCCCCAAGACGUCCUGGACAACCAUAAUGAGUGGAUCAGUGUGGCCCCUGGACUAGCCCCAGGGUGCUGGACGCAUUACACCAAAGAGGGAGGGGAGGUGCACGUCCUCAACCUCCGAUUCAGGCCCAACAUCUCCUCCAACAACAUAAACUUUUUAAUGCUGAACCUAACAGCAGCCAAGCCAGGACAUGUGAUCGUCAACAGUAAUGCCAAAGUGCCCUUUGUUACACUCCAUGAAAACGAUAAUGUCAAAGUUUUGAUGAACAGACAGCUCAACAUCGCACCAAAGUUGAAGACUGUGACUCCGGAGGACAUGCCGUCCGAGAGCAGGGAUCUCCUCAAGUGGGCCACCGAGAUAUUCGGCGGCGUGACGUCCUUCACCACCAUCGAAGACCCAGUGGUGAUCACCUUCUCUGGAAAGCAAGCAAAAGGCGACGCUUCUUCCAGCUGCACGCUAGAAGACUAUUUUUCCCCAAAAGAGUAUGUGUUAGAGAUGCAGCCACUCGGGACUGCUGCUCCGAACCUGAAGUCUUGCUCCACCCAAUCCCAGCCGUCCGAAAAGGAGUUGUACAUCGUUAACAUCCCUGAUGGAACUGACACUAGGCACGUCACCAUUCACAUCGAGUCCGAAAAGGGGAUCGACCUGUUCCUGAGGGGUCCAAAUGGGACAACGUGGUCCAUACCCAGGGCUUUCCACAUCCGGCCUCUGUCGAAUAACCCGAUACUCAUCGAGAAGAUGAGGAUAUCCCCGAGUGUCCACAACCUCUCGGACAGUGCCACGGCCCUCCAGAAGGGGGCGCUGCAGCGGUUUUCCUCCAGACUCAUCACCAGCUACACUGAGAUCAGGUCUGCUGGGUCAGCCAUCACGCUGACGCUUGGGAACGCCCAGACAGGUAAGGAGGCUAGGACAUCCCCAGCCCCACUGGAAGACUCCUUCACUACCCCACAGUCGGCUGACCCGUACCUGCGGAUGCAGCUGUACACCUCAGCCGAUUUCAGCGUCCCUCUGGACCCUGCCAGCAAGGUGCAGAGCAACAAGAGGAUCUACGCAGAGAUCUCCAGUAAGAUGUAUGGGGGCACGGAGUUGAGCACGCGGGUGAAGAACUGCUCGGUGCACUCCAAGGGGCCGUGCCCACGGGUGCAGGACAUGCCCUUCCUGAUGGAGUACUGCUCCAAAAAGGUCUGCUCCAUCAGCAGCACCCGCCUCAGCUUCAGCUUCCAGAACCUGCAGGAGCUCAGUGCCACCAGCUGGGACCUGGAGUGCGCCGUCAAGCUCUGCUUCAACCAGACCUGUGGCGAUGGAGGCAGGGUCAGACGCAGCAUGGAAGUGGUCCAGUCCACCAUUUUGGCUCCAGGGAACUGCUUCAGUUUUGGUCUGUCGGCCAUUCUGGGGGUGGCGUUCGGAGGCUUUCUGAUCGGGGUGCUCCUCAUUGGCGCGCUGUGGUACAUCAAGAUUCGAACCGGGAUUGGAUCUGGGCUGGAUUUGGGAUCGACCACAAUUCAUCUCACAGCAGGGUGUCCCUGCACCACAACAAAGCGCCAGGGCGUCCCUGGCAACCCAUCACCAUCAGAGAACAGCAGCGCCAACGGCAGCAUCGGCAGCACCCAGAGCACCCCCACCAGCAGCAUGGCCUAGACCAGAACCCAACCAAACCUGCCUUUCCUCACCAACACAACCAAACGCUCAAUAGGUCUGCCAUUCUUUUACCAACUCAAGCAAAUGACCAAUAGGUCUGCCAUUUUCUUACCAAUGCAACCAAACGCUCAAUAGAUCUGCCAUUUUCUCACCAACACAACCAAAUGCUCAACAGGUCUGCCAUUUUCUCACCAACACAACCAAACGCUCAACAGGUCUGCCAUUUGCUCACCAACGCAAGCAAAUGCUCAACAGGUCUGCAAUUUUCUCACCAAUGCAAGCAAACACUCAAUAUGCCAGACCACCUUAACACAAACACAAACACAUCACUCACAAGCAGAACCAAGCACUAAACAUGCUGGAAUGUUUCAUCACUUCUAUCGCAAACACAACCAGCUUUUCAGUGUGCCAGACCGUAGA